AUGAAGACCCAAAAAAGAAAAUUAAAUCCUAACGAGUUCACUGAAGAGGAUAAUACCCCAAAUAAACGUGUCUCCUUUUCGCCUGCUUUAGUAACCACUGCAACCUAUCAUCCAGAAAGUGCUGAAGAAAAUGAUAUUUCGUCAGAAAAUGUCUCAAAAGAAAAUGAGAUUGAUCCAAUAAAAGAUGCCGAGACACUUACGAAUACAUCAUUAAAUAGUAUUAGUUCUAAAGGAUUACCGGAUGAAUUGAUAGCGAUAAGAGAAGGAAGAACACCUAGAAUGAUGGAAUUAACAAGUUUUGCCGAAGAGAGACAGCUUGCACAUCUUCAGUUAUUUAGAACAGCUGAGGAAAUACAAAAAUUAAGGCAGACAGGUUUAUAUAAAUCAAAUCUGUAUAAACUUCAAAUUGAAGAACUUAUAGGUGAAGUAAGCAUCGAUUUCACUAGAGUUUCACGAUUAGAUAAUGCUUUAUAUAAACUGAGGGAGAUUUUUAUGGAUAUGAAUGAUAAAAUAGAUUUAACUCUUUCGAAUGCAAAAUCUAUUCUUUUAAAUAAAUAUAAUAUAGUAAUUCCAUUCCCAGAUCCACAACCUUCAGAUGUUAUUCAAUAUAAAUUUGGAUUUAGAAAACCAACAGCAUUUUAUUUGAUUGGAAGUUACGCUUUAAGAAAUGUGAUCAAAGGACGAAAAGGCUUUAAUGUUGAUGUUGCAGUUGUGAUGCCUUCGUCAAUAUUUCAAGAAAAGGAUUAUAUGAAUUAUAGAUAUUUUUAUAAGAGAGCCUAUUAUCUUUCAGUAUUAGCAGCAACACUUCAAGAAAAUCAAUCAGAUUUUAAUGUUAAAGUGGAAUUUGAUACAUUGAAUGGAGAUACUCGUUGUCCUAUUAUUAUACUUAAACCAUCUGGUGAUGAUUCAGAAACUGAUUAUUCAAAAUUAAAUUGUGUAAUUCAAAUUAUUCCAUGUAUUCCGAAGAAUUUAUUUCCAUCUCAUCGUUUAUCUCCUACUCAUAAUAAUGUUCGUCCACGUUAUAAUCAACAAAAUCAAAUUGAGGAACAACAAGAUCAAAAAGAUAAAGAGGAACAUGAACAACCAGAUAAACAAGAUAAUAAAUUACCACCGACACCGCAAUAUAAUUCAGCAAUAUUAAAAGAUAUGAAUUAUCUUUCUCAUUUAAAUCUCAUAUAUAGACAUUCUAAAGACAAAUCAGCAUUUAUUGAUGCAUCUAAAUUAGCAAAAGUUUGGAUUACUCAAAGAGGUUUUGGUGAUACAUUUGGUUUUAAUGCAUUUCUAUGGUCAAUGUUGAUGACUUAUCUAUUUCAUGAAGGAGGACCAAAUGGUGGUAAAAAAUUACUUAGUGGAUUUAGUUCUUAUCAAUUAUUUAAAGGAACAAUGGAUUUUUUGGCAACUCAUGAUUUUAUAAAGAAUCCCAUAUUUAUGAACAAAUCUGAUAAAUCUGAAGAGUUUUCCGAGAAAUCAUUUACAGAAAAUUAUGAAGUUGUAUUUGUAGAUGAUUCAGGUGAAUUAAAUUUAUUUAGUGGAAUGACAAAGGCGAAUUUUAAACAUGUAACAAAACUAGCGAUGGAAUAUUUAAAUGAUCCGGAAAAAGAUGGAUUUGAAGAAUUGUUCUUACAAAAAGUUGAUGACAUGAAGGUAAAAUAUGAUAAUUUUGUAAAAGUAAUUAAAAUUCCUUCAACAUAUAAAGAAUAUACUGAUUCAGUUAAAUUAGAUUAUCCUGAUAUAUUUAUUCAUUUCGCUCAAUCAAUCCAAAAAUUAUUAGAAAGAGGUCUCACUAAUCAUGAAAUUGCUGUAAAAGAAUUUCGUGAAUUAUGGGGUAAUAAAGCUGAAACUCGUCGAUUUAAGGAUGGAAAUAUUUUGGAAUGUGCGGUUUGGGAAUCAAAAAAUAUUGGAAUUGAAUCACGUAGUUUAAUUAUUAAUGAAAUGGUACUUCAUUUACUUAACUUUCAUUAUGGAAUUAAUGAAAUAAAUGGAAAUAUUCAAUAUUUUGCUUCCCAAUUAAAUGAAUUUAUUAUUCCAUCAUCAUUUGUUCCAAAGAAAAUAUUUGAUCGUAAUAUUAACGGGUUUCAACCAAUAAUGAAAGCUUAUGAUGAAUUAGUAAAACAAUUCUUAUCAUUAGAAAAUAUUCCUCUCAAAAUUACAAAUGUAAAAUCAAUUAGUUCUUCAUUAAGAUAUUCUUCAGUAUUCAUUCCUCAACCAUAUAAUCUACAGAAUGAUCUUCAAAAACAUCAUGAAAAAUUUAAUGGAAUUAUUAAACAUGAAGAUAAUCAUGAUUAUAAUAAUAUUAUUAUGAAUUCACAUUAUAUUGAACCAAUAGAAAUUCAAUUUCAAUUUGAAGUUUCAUUAAAAUGGCCAAAUGAUCUUGUAGCUAUUCAAAAGAUGAAAUUAGCAUUUUAUAUUAAAAUUUCGGAUCAAUUAAAAGUUCAAUUUCCUGGAAUUAUAACGAAAAUAGUAGUAGUAGAAUCAAAUAAUCAAAAUAAAAUAUUUUCAUUGGAUGAAUAUUUAGAAAUUUUCACUACUUCGGGAUUUGCAUUUAGAUGUAGAAUUUAUUAUGAACGAGAAAUUCCUAUGUUAGAACGAUUGAUUAAAGAUCCAAAUAUUUCCAAACAAAAAAAAGAUGUUUAUAAGAAUGCAUUGAAAAUUGAAAAGCAUUUAUUUAUUGAUCUUCCAUUACUUAAUUCUCAAAUUCAAACAUUAUGUAAUAAAUAUCCAUCUUUAUCAUUAACUAUUAGAAUUACGAAAAGAUGGUUUAUGGCAAAUUUAUUUGAAGGACAAGUAGAUGAAGAAUUUAUAGAAGUUUUAUGUGCAUUUAUUUAUUUGGAACCACGACCGUGGACAAGACCUGCUACAGGUUUCGUUGGAUUUUUAAGAAUUCUAAAAUUAAUUGCGGAAAUUCGAAAAAAAUUUGAUAAUUCUUCUAAUGAUCGAGGUUUAAUGUUUGUGGCGACAACUUCAGGAAUUAUUUGGGGUUUAGAAAAACCAAAUAAAGUUGUAUCUCGGAGAAUUCAAGAUUUAGCAAAAGCUUCUAUCACAUUUAUAGAUGAUAAUAAUAUUUUAAUUGGAUUUGAUCCUGUCGUAUGUUAUUUAAAAGAAUUAAGAAGUUUAUAUUCAAAUAUAGCUUUAUUCUUUCAUGAUAAGUAUGGAGGAACAGUUAUUGGAAUAGUUUGGAAACCAUCGUAUUUAUUUCCCACUCCAUGGAAAGUAAAUCUUGGAUAUUCUAGUAAAUUAUGGAUACCACAAAUGGACGGAAAUCUUGAUGAAGAUGAUAAGUGGUUAGCAGAAUUUUAUUAUGAUAGUGGUCAUUGUAUGAUGACAUUAGAUACUAAAGCUACUGUAAUGGAAAUGGAAAGAUUAGGUGAAGGUUUAGUUAUAGGAAUUGAUUUUAGAAAAUAG